AUGGCACCCUCUUUCUACCACUAUCUGUCGGUGCCCAUGGACGAGAAGUGCGAAGGGCAGGGACGCGGCAUCCGCCGCAGUUGGCUGGUGGCUGGGGUCUUGGUGCUCCUGGUCGGGGCGCUGUUGGUCAUCCCACUCGUGUACUUCGCCGUCAGGGCGAACAGCGAGGCCUGCACGGACGGGUUGCGGGCGCAGGACGAGUGUCGCAACACCACGCACCUACUGCACCGCCAGCUCACCCGAGCCCAGGACAGCCUGACGCAGGCGGAGACACAGGCAAACACCUGCAACCGGACUGUGGUGAGCCUUCAGGAGUCUCUGCAGAAGGAGGUGUCUCAGACCCAGCAGCAGCAAGCCCGCAUCCAGGAGCUUGAGAAUGAGGUCACAAAGUUGCACAAGGAACUGGAGACUCUGAGGAACCAGAAGAAAACUUCUAGCACAGUGCCGGAGAACUCUGGCGGCCCUGUGGUGGUUUCCAGCCUACUGACACUCAUGGUGACAAUGUUCACAUUCCUUUUGAUGCUCUUUUAG